GUUCGUCCACCUGUCCCUCUUUACAUGGAUCCUCUCCUAUCUUAUCCUAGUAGUUAUUACUAGAAGCAUUCUGGAUUGCUAAGGUCGAUGACACCUUCCGCUCAAAAUUCAUAGCAUAGCAGAUGCAAAAUGAACGCACUACCGACUAAGGAGAAGGACGGUGGACGAAGUCUGCUGGCUGGCGUCUCAACCGUCCCACCUGCAAGUCGCGAUCGAUUCGUUGCAGGCAUUAAGGCAUCGACAAAAACUAGUUCAUCUUGGGGAGCAUCUUUAUCACCUUGGGCAUUUUUUUUUCAAGGGAAAAAGGUAGGAAUAUUUUCAUCUUCGGAUUCCGGAUCUUUUCCAUGGGACAUCAAGGACUCCAUGGUAUCCUGAAGGUGACCUUACUAGGCAGAGUCUAAUGGCAGCGUCGUUUGCUUUUUUUUUCCGGCUCGCCUCACCGUCUUCGUCAACGCAGUCUUCACGUUGAUUUUCGGGAUCAUACUGUUGUACGGCAGACAGUCCCUGCAUCUGCACUGGUUCGGAGGUGGGUAUACCCAUGCAACCAGCACGCUUUUAGGCUUGGCAGACUUCCUAGGGAUAAUUUUGGGCGGUUUCGGCGUUAGCGCUGCGUGGAAGAAUCGUGGAAAUUACCAUUUCGCCUUCCUGCUCUACGGUUUUUAUCGGACCGUGAAUCUGGCAGCAUGCUUCGUUUUGGAUUAUACCAUGAUCACGACGUGCGAGCUUUGGCUUUCGGAUAUCAAAGGCCAGACAGAGACGCAUGGAUUUAGCCAUACAAUGUACCAUUAGACCUAAAAAUACUUGGCAGAGGCAACUACACGGGGAUUUAGCUGGCAUACAAUAACAAUGUUGCACUUUCUUAUACGCCUGUCGUGAGAAAGUAAGAGCAUACUACACAAAAAACUUCGACUCCACUGAAGGUUCCGCAUGGCUUUCGAGGGUCAUUGCGCAGACGAAAGAAGAGAUUACUUCCUGACCUCUUAUUCCUUGUUUUUUCUCUACGGUUACCUUUUCUACGUCUCUUGGAAGUAUCACAGGGAAUUGGCGGAAAGGCCAAAAUACCUCUUUUCCAAGCCACCAGAUGAUUUGGCGUACUACACAACUGAGGGAGGGGCGGCACAAGUGUGACCCACACGUGACCAGAUGAUAUGAAUCUAGUGCUUGUUGUGAGGUUUUUGACACUCACUUACUCGUAGUGGCAGUUGUGAUAUUCUUUUUCUUGUUUUUUCCGAUAUGAUUCAUGAGCAGUGCUACCAAGAAUGUAUGUCCGCAGCAUUUAGUAUUAUUUCCGA